UCGGUGAGUUCAUAAACAUGUGUUACUCGCCGAAUUUCAACGACUUCAACAAUUGACCCGAGAAAAAGGGAAUACAAAAUUGAUAAAAAUGUUGGCAGUUGUGUCCCGAAGAAUUCGCCUCCUGAAAAAAUCUGAGGCAAUAAAAUUGAAGGAAUUCUGCACUGCGAGAAACUUGAACAAAACCCCGAACGACGUGGAACUCCUGGGGGAGAAAUAUGUUACCGACGAAUGGACGAAUGUAACUCCAAAAAUAAUCGAAAAAUUGGGGCGAACUCUUCACACAACAAAGUACCACCCAUUGUCCCACGUUCGACAGAGAAUCGUCAAUUAUUUCUACGGUAAUUACAGAAAUAAAUGUGGGAAUCCCUUGUUCAGUGUCUUCGACAAUCAGAAGCCGGUGGUGUCUGUUCACCAGAAUUUCGACUCACUGCUGAUUCCAGGGGAUCAUCCAAGCAGGAGCAAGACUGAUUGUUAUUAUGUAAAUAGGGAUACGUUGUUGAGGGCUCAUAUGACAGCUCAUCAGUCUGAAUUAAUUUCCAUGGGGUUGAACAAUUUUCUGGUGAUUGGCGACGUCUACAGGAGGGACGAGAUCGACGCGACUCAUUAUCCGGUGUUUCACCAGGUCGAUGCCGUCAGAUUGUGCAACAAUGACGAGAUCUUUGACAGUGUCAACGAUCCCGAAGGACUGGAGUUGUUCGAGAACAGAGGAAAGGAGAGCAAAGAGAAACAAGCAGUUCAUAGCUUAGAAGCUACUAAAAUAAUGGAGCACCAGCUCAAGAGGGAUUUGGUGGGUCUGGCUCAAGUUUUAUUUGGAAAAGAUGUAAAAUGUCGUUGGGUAGACCAGUACUUUCCGUUUACUCAUCCCUCUUGGGAGCUGGAGGUAUUCUACAAUAAUCAGUGGCUGGAAGUCCUGGGGUGUGGAAUUAUGAGACAGGAGAUUCUGAAAAAUUGUGGAGUGAACGAUAGAAUGGGCUGGGCAUUCGGUUUGGGGCUGGAGAGGCUUGCAAUGUGUCUUUAUAAAAUUCCAGACAUUCGAUUGUUCUCCAGUAGUGACUCGGGAUUUUUGAAUCAGUUCAAAUUCGAUGAUCCCAACACACCGGUGACGUACAAGCCGAUCAGUGUCUACCCCCAGUGCGCCAAUGACUUGAGCUUUUGGUUACCAGAGAACAGUGAGUUCUCUCCCAACGAUUUUUAUGACUUGGCUCGCGACAUCGGCGGAGACAUCAUCGAGCAAAUCUCGUUGAUCGACAAUUUCACUCAUCCAAAGACAAAUAAAACGUCCCACUGUUACAGAAUAGUUUAUAGACACAUGGAACGUACCCUAACGCAAAAGGAAGUAACAGAAAUUCACUCAGAAAUAUCUAGAAAUGCAGCAAAACUCCUGAACGUAACAGUAAGGUAGAAUCGCCAGAUAAAUAAAAGAGCUAUUAAAUUGUU